AUGCGGUGCAACCGCAGUGCAAAGCAGCUGGGAUAUACGGCGUGCAUCUUGGCGGUCCUGACCAUUCUGGAACGCGAUGAGGUCAUGGACAGCGAGGAGGUAACGGACCGCGAGGAGGUAACGGACCGCGACGAAGUUUUCAUUGAGGAGGUUCCGGCGGCGGCUACGGUUACGGCUCCGGCGGCGGCUACGGUUGCGACAGAUGGUUCGUGUGAGGCUGAGAUCUGGCCGGGUGUGGCAGGUGAGGCAUUGACGCCGGGAUGUGAAUAUCUGGCUAUGGUUGAGGACUGUCAGCGGCACGAGUUGGCGGCAGCGGACAAGGCCUUGGUGGCGGCGGCGAAGAGAGCAUUGGUUAACAGCGCGGGGGCGAGUGUCGCUGAUUGGGGUAGACUGAAGGCGAGACGGGAAGAGUUGAAGCGUGAGUUGGCUGCGACGUUGGCUGCUCGUUCGGACCCGAUGGUGGGUGACCCAAUAGUGUUGGCUGCCGAUAGAAUUGCGCAUGGUAAGGCUAUGGAUUUGUCGGAGGGUCCUGUAAUACCGGGUGAGGAGCCGAUAGAGUACGUGAUGGAGAACGUGAACGUAUUGUUAAGCAACAAAUUCGCGCGGAGGUUGCAGAAGACGGGACGGCAGCCGGACUACUCGGAGAGUGCGGUGAAUUGGGCGUGUUUAGCGGGACUGGUUACACGUCGGUUUGAGCGGAGGCGAUUGGCUCAAUUGUUGUCGCGAUAUGCGCCUACGACCAAUGGCAUUUUAGCCUCACGCGGGCGUCCGGACCUUGUGGACGACGCGCAUGUCAGAGGGCGCACAAAUGCGUCUAUUGCGUUUGCGGCGACGGCAAGCGCUUCAUGGCGUCUGGGGUGUGUCUUUCGCACAUUUUUGCAGCCGCAUCAAAUAGGCAUCUUGGCCAGGCUACUCAUUCCGAAUUUCGGAGCGGACGGAUACGAACACCCGGAGUUUCGUGAUAAGCGCCGAAUAUUCGCCUACGGUAUUGCGCCAGUAAUUGGACUCGUGCCGACCGACGAGCGUGUGCGCAAUCAAAUUGUGGUUUGGUCAUGUGUCGAACGUGCUUUAAAGCAACGUGAUGUGAACCCCUCCUGGAGAUACAUGACCACACGCGCUAUGUUGUUUGCGGUCGGGCUACAACGCACACUCGGAGUAUCUGUAUUCUCACGCUUGCUCUCGAUGUGUAGAACCCGUUUCGCCGUCCCCGAACACAUCCCCGACCUUGCCAUGUGCGCCUGUCUCUUCCGUGACCUCCCCCUUUGUAUCAAACCACCUGAGACACUCCUCCUUGCCAUCGGAAUCAACCGUCAACUACUUAACACGCAUCCCAAGAAACAAAUCGAUAUCACGACUCAAGGCAACGAGUUCGAACCCCUUCAUGCUUGCCCUUCUCUCGCAGACGAAAACACCGUUACAAAGGCACUUGAUGAGAUCGUCGACCUAUCCCAACAAGUCAAGUCCCUCUCAAUUUGCACCCAGCAGAUCACCUCCCACCCGCCACUCGUCCCAAAAGCGCAAAGUGUGCCACAAGCGCAAAGUGUGCCACAAGCGCACAGUGUGCCACAAGCGCACAGUGUGCCACAAGCGCACAGUGUGCCAAAAGCACACAGUGUGCCAAAAGCACACAGUGUACCAAAAGCGAACACGGUCGACCCGGUCGUGUUCACGGACGUGUGUACAACUUCACAGAAACGAUCUUGUGGAAAUGAUGACGGUAUGGAUUGUCGACUGCCUUUCAAGAAACGGCAAUCUGCGAGAUGCAGUAGACAGUCGGAUAGCUUCAUGUGA